AUUCACUUAUAUUUUUUGGCCGAGUAACAUAUAUUUUCAUAUACUGAAGCAAAUAAGAAAACAAGUAAUAAAACACAAUGAGCGACGAACAAAUUCCGCAUUUUCAGCCUUGUGUGUCCGAGGAAAAUAAUGAAAACUCUUGUAAUAUGACUGUGGAUCGACCAAUGUCACCACCACCCGAAGAAAUUGUGGAGGCUAUGGAAAUGGUUGAAGACCCGCCUUCACCACCCGAACCAGAAGCUCCGAUUUCCGCGCCUCGAAGGAGCGCAAGGAUGGCAAAUCGUAAUACAACUCGUACGGAGCUUCAAGACAUAUCAAGCGAUCCGCAGUCAAAUUCCAGAACACCCAAAAGAGGAAAGGUGCAGAAGCCGACAAAGCCUCGAUCUGCUAAACAUGUGAUUACCUGUCGCAAUUGCGGAAAUUCUCAUAUCUGUUUCCCGGUGCGCACAAAAUUCUUUACUUGCGCCGAGGUCGAUGGCCAACUUUUUAAAGUCAAACAGAUUAGUGGCAAACUGGCACGGGCGCCCUCAAAAAAAAGAAUAGUUCCCGACAAGUUUAACCUGCAUUGAUGUUACCAGAACAAAAUUCUAAAAAAAAAGUUUAAUGUUUAAAUAAUUUUGAAAGGUACACAUGAACAGUUAAAGUAUUUAAAAUUAAAUUGCAUAGACCAAAAAAAA